AUGCCCCACCAUCGAGGAUUUGACGUGGCCAGCUACAGAGGCUAUGAUGAGAAUGGCGAACUGCCGGCCAAGCGAAUCAAGAGCACCAAGAAGAUUAUUCUCAAUGCCUUCGUCAUGUUCACUCCUACCCAUCUGAACUUUGGACUAUGGACCCACCCUGAUCACUCGAAGUUCGGUCGAGAUUUUGCAAAGAGACAACCGUGGCAAGAAUUGGCCAAGACGCUGGAAAAGGGAAAGUUUCAUGCCAUCUUCAUUGCUGACCACCUGGGGUUCAGAGAAGUGUAUGGUGAUGGAGACCCUAUUGGCCUGGAGAAGAAGAUCCAAUUCCCUUGCCAUGAUCCCUUGUUCCUAGUACCUAUCAUGGCUUCUGUGACCGACCAUCUCAACUUUGGAAUCACCGUUUCGACCUCUUACACUCCCCCUUUCACUCUGGCUCGUCAAUUUUCGACCCUGGAUCAUUUGACAGAUGGACGAAUCGGAUGGAACAUUGUGACUUCCAACUCCGACUCUGCCUCUCGUAAUUUUGGCCUGGAACACCAGGUGGAGCAUGACGACCGAUACAAGAAGGCAGACGAGUACAUGGAUGUGGUCUACAAGCUGUGGGAGAGUUCAUGGGCCGAAGACGCUGUGAUCAAGGGACUCAAAACUGACGCCUUUGACACUUCCAAGAUAAAUUACAUUGACCAUGAAGGUAAACAUUUCAAAGUCAAGGGUCCGGCGGUGGCUCUGCCUUCCGUGCAGCGAACUCCGGUGCUUUUCCAAGCUGGCAUGUCUUCUGCAGGUCGAGCAUUUGCUGGAAAACAUGCUGAAGCUGUUUUCAUCGCUGGUCCAAGUCCUCAGCUGAUCAGACAGACAGUCAAUGCUCUCAGAGAGUCUGCUGGUGACCGGAAACUGCUCGUAGUCAGUACUCUGAUGGUAAUCGUCAAGGCCACCAACCAGGAAGCUCAAGACUACUACAAGGAGCUGAGUGACGCUUCAGACAAAGAAGGAGCGCUCAUUUUCUGCUCCCAGAUGUUUGGAGCCGAUCUGAAAUCAUACCCCCCCGGACAGGACUUGCGAGAAACCGAUAAUCCAAACCUCGUAAAGGCUGUCUCCAUGUGGGCCUCUCAAACGGACUCCAAAGAUGAGGUAUGGGACGUGGACAAAGUGGCUAACGAAUACAAGCUCGCUGGAAGAGGAGGAGUGGCCGUUGGUGACGCGGAGACCGUGGCUGAUAUUAUUGAAGACUGGAUCGAAAUAGGAGACCUGGAUGGGUUCAAUCUCAGUCAUGCUACAUUCCCAGGAACCUACGACGAUAUCGUUGGAUAUCUGAUCCCAGAACUCCAAAAGCGAGGAAGAUUUCAUGAGGACUACCCGGAAAACGAACACACCUUCAGAGAACUUCUCUACGAUACUCCAGGAAACUCUUACCUGAGAUCUGAUCAUUACGGAUUUGGUUUCAAGACAUGA